AUGGCACCUCAGAUCCUCACAUCGCGCGAGCCAGCACCACCACGCGUGCAGCGUGGAAACUUGUUCGACUUCCUCUACAGCAACCCGAACAAGGUUGACGACCGCAAGGCAGCAUACAUCCGACUCGAUGGUAAAGAGUACUCGCGCAAACAGCUCCAAGACGACUCGCGACGACUCGCCCAUGGUCUGCGUCACAAGCUCGGUCUUAAGCCCGGAUCGAGGAUCGGCGUCUUCUCGCCCAACAGCACCGCAUACCCGUGGGUUGUCCACGCCGGUCUCUGUGCUGGUGUUGUUCUCGUUCCACUCAACGCCGCGUAUGGACCCGAAGAGCUCGUCCACCCUAUACAUGAUGCCGAGAUAGAGUACAUCUUCUGCCACCAGAGCGUACUCAGCACGGCGCGGGAGGGUCUCGAGCUAGCCAAGUCGGGCCUCAAAUCGCGCAACGGUCAAAACCGUCUUUGGAUCGUGGACGACGGCGACAGCCUCAAGAAGGGCGACAAAGGCGAGCUUGAUGCACGUACACUGCUGGAAGAUGGUCGUCUGGAAACGCACAAAGUCGUCGACGACCGCACUGAAGACGCUUUCAUCGUCUACUCGAGCGGUACAAGCGGCAAACCCAAAGGUGUCCAGUUGGUGCACGGCAACAUGACUGGCGUCACCACCGCCAUCGUCAACACAUUCCGCGACGCCAUCGGUCCCAACGACCGCUACGUUGCUGUGCUCCCUAUGAACCACAUUUUUGGGCUUGCUAAGUACCUUUGUAAGGGCAUUUACAUUGGCGGAGAGUCGGUCGUCAUCCCAAAAUUCGAUCUCGAUGUGUUUUGCUCGGCAGUAGAAAAAUUCAAGUGCAACAUCGCGUACGUCGUACCGCCCAUGCUGGUGCUGCUGGCCAAGGACCCACGCGCCAAAAAGUACAACCUCAAGAGUCUCAAGUGGGUUAUGUCCGGGGCGGCGCCGCUUGGAUCCGAACUCAGCUUGGAGGUGGAAGCCGUGCAUCCAGGCUUGCUUGUCACCCAAGGCUGGGGAUUGAGCGAGACGUCGCCCACCGCCACCUUUGCGAGCCCGGAGGAGUAUCACGACCACAUGGGCAGCUGUGGCCGCUUGCUGGCAGGCGUAGAGGGACGGCUGGUUGACGACGACGGGAACGACGUUGGCUUCGAGCAAGGCGAGAAUGGCAAGCCGGGAGAGUUCUGGGUGCGUGGCCCUACCAUCAUGAAGGGUUACCUCAACAACAAGGCGGCAACCGACGACUGCAUCACCCCUGACGGCUGGUUUAAGACGGGCGACAUCGCCAUCAUGAAGGACGGCUUCUUUUGGAUCGUAGACCGCAAAAAGGAGCUCAUCAAGUACAAGGGUUUCCAGGUGCCUCCUGCCGAGCUGGAAGCGACGUUGCUGUCACACCCCAAGAUUGCAGAUGUGGCUGUGAUCGGUGUUCAAGACAAAGCGCAGGCCACCGAGUUACCCCGAGCGUACGUAGUGCUCAAGCAAGAAGUUGCGCAGAAGGAGAAUGCCGAGGAUGUGGCCAAGGAGAUUAUAGAAUGGACUGCCAAGAAGGUGGCUAACCACAAACGCCUCCGUGGCGGUGUCAAGGUCAUCGAGCAGAUCCCUAAGAGUCCAUCGGGCAAGAUCCUUCGACGAAUGCUGCGCGACGAAGCUGCAAAGGAGUCGCAGUGA